AUGGCUCUAUGCGUUGUAUGUGUGGAAGAAGUGCGUCCGAGACAACAUGCCAUCCAGUGCGACAGCUGCGAUCAGUGGCAGCAUCGCCUUUGCGACACAGGGAUAGACAUCGCAACCUACCGCCAGAUGACGAAAGGGCACCUGCAGAUGGACUUCACCUGUAAGAGAUGUUCACUACCCCCGCCGUCUCCACCUUCUCCGACUCUUCCUCUGUCCCCGACCCUGCCUCUCUCUCCACCAUCGUCGCCGAACCCUACAUCUCCUACAUCGCCCGUGGACUCAUCCUUCGACCUCACUGCCGCCACCAUCAACGCAACAGAGGAUUCUAUCGCUGACCCGGACCCCCAACCCCUGCCCGACGACCAUCAGCUUCAAGCCGAGUGGACUAUUCUCCCGACCGGCAGCAAGCGUGGCAAACCACUUUUAGUUGACAACAGAGGAUUUUCCUACACCAUCCAGAAGUCAAGAUCGUAUGCUGUGUACUGGUGGUGCUCUGUGCGGCCAAAGGAGGGUCGGUGCACUGCCGCGGUUUCACAGAGAGGUGAAACUUUCACCCGCGGAGCAGCCGACCACAACCAUGAGCCGACGACAGGACUUCUGACCAAGGCCACCAUCAACAUGAAGAUUCAUCAAAAAGCUUAUGGGCUUGCAAUUCCUAGACUCAGCCCAAAUCGAGCCAGCAUUUAUGAAGGUGAAACAGCAAGCAGUGACACCGAAUCUGAUCGCCCUCUGUGAAUAUUAUGAGUCAACAUGGAUCCGAAGCUCUGUGUGGACCAUUACUAAUUGGAGCGUUUUUGGGACGGCCAUCCGGACGAACAAUGACCUGGAAAGCUGGCACAAGCGCUUAAACCAGGGCGACGUUGCCUACCUUUUUACAGGCUGCUUCCCCUCCUCUUCAGAGAAGCUGACCUGCUGCCCUUGCAGAUUCGACUUGUCACAGACGGUCAGCUGGAUAGAAGGCAGAAUGCUGGCCAGCGUGCCAAGUCGGAUAAAUUUUUUAGGUUAUGGGACGAUUUCCAAGCAACAACUCUUACCGUGUCCCAGCUGCUGAGAGAGGUGUCCAAACUAAAUGGACCAAUGGUCACU